GGUAAUCUGACAUAGUGGUGUUUGACUAGGAAGAAUGUAAUCAUAGCUGUAAUGCAUAACCAGUCAAGCAUUGAAGAGUUAACAUGCCUUGAUAAAUUGCGUAUACAAGUGGGGUGGACCUACAGGGGAGAAAAAUACAAAGGAGAAGCAAAGCGGAACAGGUCACAUGUUGAAGUGCACUUCUUGUCAUCUUGGAGUCUGAGUAACUUCCUUCUGGUCAUGCAGCUGGUGAUCCGCCGCUACCAUCACUCUGACAAGGACGCAGUGCUCACUUUGUUUGGCAGCUGUGCUUGGGAGUUUGUCCAUCCAUGUUUUCACAAUGCCAUGACCAGCCCUCUCUACGUCACCAUCACCUUGGCUCUGUGUGUUGCUGGCUAUCUCCUGGGCUCUGUGUUAGGGGCUGUGACAUUACAGGGAAUCUGGGUGGGCCUUGUCUACUACUGCUGUUAUGAGGCAUUCAUCAGUUUCACCAGAGAGAGACUCCGGACAGACAUGCAGGACAUACCUGGGAACUAUCUGAGCAGACCGGAUGACUGUUUCUGGGUGGCUGAGGCUGAGGUUGAUGGGAGGGCACAGAUCAUGGGUAUAGUGGCUGUGGUGGCCCAACAAAGUGAGACAGAAAGAUAUGGUACACUGCUCAGGAUGGUUGUCUCACCACUGUGUAGACGGAUGGGCGUGGGCUUCAGACUGGCUCAGACAGUGAUUGACUUCAGUAAGGAACGAGGCUUCUCCAAGGUGAUGCUUGAGACCACCUCCCCUCAGAUAGCCGCUGUGGCCCUGUACAAGAAACUGGGGUUCAGGCAUGUCCUUUCAUACAGUCCCUUUGGGGUUUUUAAGUUGGCCAGGGUCAUUAUUUUUAGAAUGGAAAAACACCUGUAAGCCUGAAAAAACCCUGAUCAGCUACUGUUCCUGUUUCACUGGGAUCUAAGCUUUUGCAUCGAUAAUACUUGACUGAAGCUGUUGUUUGUACUUGAAUAGUAUCACAAACACAUUAAUUUCAGUUCAACCAAAAAAUAAAAAAUAAAAUUUGAUCUUACAUAGAUUAAAGACAAAGAGCCUUUCACUUGUACAGUAUGGAAGACCUCAGGUAUAAACAUACUGCUAAACCAAGAAUCAGUAAAUGUUUUCACUAAAAAAAUAACAUAAAAGCUUAAGUAUUUUGUUUUCAAAUCUGCAGAUAAACAGCCUGUCUUUUCACACGAUGCAGAAUUUAUUGUAAAGACAAUGGUCUCAUAAAAUCAGUUUGUCCUCAGACAGCGCAGUUCUUUGGGAAACUCAGACAAAUGUACAACUUUGACACCAAGUACUGUUUAAAACUGGAAUCAAUAUUAUGCUAAAAGCACAUCCAACCACUCACGCAAU